AUAAAUUAUAUCAUAUUUUAUCAAUUUAUAGUCAUGAUCAUGUUAAAAUACAAUUAUUAUACUAAAAUAAAUAUGAUAAAAUUAUAUUCAAUUGAUAAAUUUAUAAAUUUUAUUUUCAUAAAUAUAAAUUAUUUAUUUAUUAUUUAUUUAAAAAUAUAAUAUGAUGAUAGAACGGCUUAAAAUUAACAAACUAUAUAAUACAUGUUUAAAAAUUAAAUUAAAAGGGAGUCAUCUCCUUUUGGUCGUCUCUCGAGCUACACGUUCCAUAGGAGAUCAGAAAUAACAAUGAGUCAGUACAAUCAACCUCCCGUUGGUGUUCCUCCUCCUCAAGGUUAUCCGCCUGAGGGAUAUCCAAAGGAGUCUUAUCAGCCGCAAGGUUAUCCUCAGCAAGGAUAUCCUCCUCCGUAUGCACCGCAAUAUUCACAGCAGCAGCAACAGCAGAACAGCCCUGGGUGUCUAGAAGCAUGUUUCGCUGCUCUCUGCUGUUGUUGUCUCUUGGAUUUUUGCUUCUUCUGAUUGGAGUAUCUGCUCAGAUCUGCUGGUUUAAUUGCAAGAGAGUGUUUGGCAACACAAGAACAUUUGUUGGAUCGGUUAAUGGGCAUUAAAAUGAAAUUGCUGGAUACAAUCUCUUGUAUAUCCUCUGUCGUAUAUGUUUUAUGUUCUUCUAUUCAUAAAUGACAUAUUGUCUAUAGAUUUUAUAUAAAGUAAAUUGGUGUGGAGACAAUA